CGACAAGCAAAAGUCACAAUGAAGAUCAUCUGCAUGAAUGCCAUGGAGGCCAUGGAGGCCAUGGAGGCCAUAUUUCCCACCAGCUGCCCAUGUAUCACAUAACCGCUGAGCAACAUCUGCGACUUCAGGCACCAGACACCAAAUGAUGUGAAGACUCUGAGGAUUGCCAACACUGCCAAUGCACCCCAGCAGCUCAUAUCAAGCUCCAGAGUCUUUGCCCUCCAUUUGCUGAGACAAUCAAUACUUGUUGAUUUGUCUCCCAGAUCCUAGGCUCAGGUACGACAUAAGUCUCUCAAGACCAGAUAUCAACAAAUUUCACUCCCUGAGAUUUUGAGGUUCUAGAGAUGUGCCACUCACACUUGCCCAUCUCAAACAGUCGCUCUCACCAGUGGCUCUCCCAUCUUGGGUCUUGUUCUCGUUCGCUCUGCUUUGACGCCUACCAACCUUUUGCAUUAACUUCUCCUCCAUCUCUUCUUCCACGUCACUUACAGAUCUUAAUGCCGCACCUCACAAUCAGCACGACCUGUUCGCAUUUUUCUUCUUUCUCAAAGGCAACUGCCUCACCAUUCUCAUCGCGUCUUCCCCAGGAACAAGGUCCUCUUUCUACCCCUCUCUUCGUCUUUCCUUCCUCCCAACAACUACAACUCUCGCUUCUCCCUGCGAGAUACCUUCAUGGCUAAUUACCACGCCAUUUUUUCAUCCCAACUAUCAUCCACUUUAAAUCACCUCCACGUUCUUGCAUGAUGACUUCAGUCCAUGGUCUCGACGGUGAUCCUCAGGCCUGGACUGUCGACCAAGUCAUCCAGCAAAUAUGCCACAACCAGCAUCCUCCAUGGUCUAAUGGCCUCCUGCCUUCCUUCAUACCAGAGAGACAAACCCUAGAAGACACCUUUCGGCAAAAUCAUGUCGACGGCGAUACUCUCCUUUCUCUCGAUCUUACCGUGCUUAAGGAAGACCUGGCAAUCCAUUCUCUUGGUCAGCGGAGAGCCAUCAUGAAGGUGGUGGAAUAUCUCCGCCACAACUCCAAAAACUACCAACAGAUCCUGACCCAAUCUGCACCUCUGACUAACAUUCAGUCCCAAGCAGUUGCAUACCCCACCGCUCAUUCCAUCUCUCCAGCUGCAUUCACUCGAGUUAGCCAAUCCCCUACGCUGCAUGGUGUCGGCUAUUUUCCUCAUUUUGAUAUUCCCGCAAUCCGAUCUCCCUCGAUAGCUAGUGUAACUGGUAAUUGGGGUGCUGGGAUUCCACUCAAAAGUCACACUUCAAGUCUCCACACAGCACAGACACGACCAGAAAACCAAACUCAUCAAAACACCCCCUCCACUGAAUACCCGCCCGCCGCUGCUCCGCCUUCUGCGCGAUCCAAUGCCAAUGGGAGUCAGUUGGAUAUGUUGCAGGCCACUAUCGACGCCGAGCUAUCGCUGGUUGACCAUGUCAGUCUCUCAUCCAUGCCCCCGUCGACUGUCCCUGGCGAAAACCCCAACACUCUCCAGCCUCCAAAGAAAGAAAAGCGACGCAUCGCUCCUUUCUCCAUUCCUCAAAAGAAAGAGGUCCUCACUGAGAAUUCAUAUCUCUCGCCAGAUGACAGGGCCUUGCAGGACACCUUCUAUUACAAGCUGGAAACAGACUGGACUGGUACUGUCUAUCACCUUUUGGAAGACGACUCCACAGAGUUUUCUAUACAAGGGAGACCGUACCCUACUGGACGCCGGCGGUUAGUCUCUGCUCAGCUGAUGCACUUCUUUCGCCAACCAGUACAACGAUUGCCUCAAAGUCUGUCUCUUGCCCGAAUCCCCUAUAAUCAAACACAAUCCAAACCUUCCUCGGUCUCCUACUUCACUUUGUUCCCACCGGGCACCGACCAGCCACGCGUCUAUCGCCUAGAUGAUUUCCCAGCCCUGACUGAAGCACCUGCUCGACCCCUUGAUGAUUCUAUCCGGAACAUCGUGCCCAGCACUGCAGACAUCCAGGAUAUCGCCGUGGGGCCAGCCCUGGAGCAGCCAACGCCUGGCCUUGGUGAUCUAGAAUAUCUCCUUAAGAAAUACCCUGCUAAAGACUCCGAUGAGGUUCUCCCUUGCUAUGGCGAUUCUGGGGACGAAUGGGAGCUGGAUGAUGAGACUUGGCAAGAAUAUCAGCAAGAGCGGGCUGAAGCAGUUCUCGAGCCGACCGCUUUGACCAAGCUCCAAGUUGAGUCCAUCAUUGACCAGACUCUGGAGGCCUAUAAGCGAGAAUGGUACGAUGAAAAGCUAGCGAAGAUCCAACACAAGGCUUACCGAAUAUGGCUGACCGCCGCAAAACUCACUGAUCGUCGCAAGCCUCUGGCAGAUGCUCAUUUCCAUCGAGACCGUGCUGUCGCCCGUCUUGCAAAGCUGAGAGAAGCCUUGACAAAGGAUGUGUGGCACAACGCCAAUGAUGUUAAACAUCAGUGCCAGAAUCUAGAGCUCACCUUCCACAGUAUUGAGGAGCAGACAUAUUACAUUAACGCACUGAACUCUAAUGACCCCCCUCCACGGCCCAGCAAAAGUCGAUUGCAACAGCGCCCUGCCAAGAAACCAGAGUUUUUACUUGAAGGUGAGGAGGUGCUCGAAUCUGAAUCCGAGUCUGAUAUUGAAAUGUCACAAAUUGAUGACGACGACUUCAUCGAUGAUGACAAUCUCUCCGACGCGCCAUCCAUCCACCAUGACCCCGACACCUGGAGUCCCAACAUCCCGGAUGCUAAGCAAGGACAACCGAGAUCACUGCAAGACCACGACAAGGAAGACGCUGAUAAUUUGCAGCUCCCUAGCGUGUCAACCCCGCCAUUGAAUUCUGAGGUCAAAUCAGACGAUGCUGAUGACGAAAGUGAUGCUAUCGUCACACCCAACACCUCGAGAAUACGCCGUUCCCGACAGAGAACCUCUUCCGUCACGACUCCAAUCAGGCCCCAAGAAACCAAGAAUGAGCCACAGAGUAUAUCGAGAAAACGAACUGACAUAUCGCUAGACUCAGAAGCCGAUUUUUCUGACCCUGGUCUACUGCCCAAGCUUUCCCAAGCUUCGAAACGCUUCGAAGACCAAGAUGUGUCAAAAUCAUUCAUUGAUUUGACCUACUCGAGUCCCGCAUCUGCUCUUGCUGAGUCAAACACAGACUUCGACGUGCACACUCCGGAACUUAACAGCGACUUGCCCAGUACUCCAACCAGAAAGCAGUCUCUGGCUUCUCGUUCGUCGAGCUGCCUGAAUCUCAACGCCUCCGACUCUUCCUCGUUGAAUGUCCAAGAUCUCCCCGAAUUAAAGGACAUUAACGGAAUUCUUGCCUUUUCCUGGGACGUCAUUGAACAGACGGACGACCAUGACAGGGCCCUAGCUAAAGCAAUCUACUCUCUCGCACCCGCUCCUCGUCACCGCCUGAGAAAAUUUCUGGAGCGCCUUCCUGCAGAAGAUCACCAGGAAUACACUCUACUACUUAAUGGGUUGGUAGCCUUAUCUGACGAUCGACACUUGAUCGAGGACGUCAAGCCACGAGAUGCCGCGGAGGCUCGGCUGGUAGUGUUGUUAUACCUGUCGUACCACUCCGCACAAGAUCGAUUAGACACGCGGGCGUUGUCCAGACUUGACCUUGGCGGGGCACAUUCUAGUCUGAUUGAGCAGGCCUCAGACUUUUAUCAUCUUCUGAGGAAACUCACUCAAGCUGCCGGCGACUACUCCUCCGAUGUCAAGACCGAGCACAAGCCGUUGAAGAGAAAACGAAAACAGCAUUUCUCAUCCGAAGACGAAGAUUCUCUGGACGAGUCCAAUCUUCAUGUCGCUGAUAAUCCAGAUUCGGAUGUACAGAUCGUCGAGCCUUCCUCUUCGCAUCGAAAAAGAAAGCGUGCAGUGUUGGAAGACCAAGAAGCUAAAACUCAACGAAGAAACGAUCGGCAGCGGAUAGAAGAGCAGCAAAAGCGUCGCAAGAGGAUUGAGAAAGUUGCCAUGCAAAAGGUAGAUGGCGACUCCGCCAAACCAGUCAAUUUCAGCGAACCUAUUGUUUACCUUGAUCCUUCAAUCGCACGCAGGAUCAAGCCACAUCAGCUGAAAGGCGUCCAAUUUCUAUGGCGUGAAAUCAUCGAAGAUCCCAAGCAUCAGGGCUGUAUACUGGCCCAUACCAUGGGUUUAGGUAAGACUAUGCAGGUCAUCUCUCUUCUAGUCACGAUUAUACAGUGCAACAAGAGCGAAAGCCGGGCAGUGGCGAACCAUAUUCCUCCCCACCUGCGACGGUUGCAGGCCCUGAUCCUGUGCCCUGCAGCCUUGCUCGACAAUUGGGAGGAUGAGCUGCUGAUGUGGUCUCCUGAACAUGACAUUGAUCACAUCUACAAAGUCUCUUCCGCCAACAAACGUCCGAUUGAGGAUUGGUCAAAGACUGGCGGCAUUCUUCUCCUCGGAUACGAAAGGUUUUUACGAAUCAUUGACUCCGAUGUCAAGUCUAGACCUUCCGAACUGGAGCACGGCGGCUUCAAGAAGCUGCUCCUCGACGGCCCCAAUCUUAUCAUCGCAGACGAAGCCCACAAAAUGAAAAAUCCCAAAUCCAAGAUCGCACAAACUGCCAAGGGCUUUCAAACUCUUAGUCGAAUCGCCCUCACUGGCUCGCCUCUAAACAACCACCUCGAAGAGUAUCACACCAUGGUUGACUGGAUUGCACCUAACUAUUUAGGUACUCCUGUAGAAUUCCGAGCCAAAUACUCGGAGCCGAUUGAAGCAGGACUGUUCGCAGAGAGCUCGCGAGCUGACAAGCGUUUAUCGAUGCGAAAGUUGCAUGUUCUCAAAAAAGCGCUAAGCCCCAAGAUCGAUCGAGCCGACAUCUCGGUGAUUGCACAAGAUAUACCAGUCAAGACGGAAUACUUCAUUACAAUACAAUUGACAGACCUCCAAAAGAAAGCAUACAACACCUACGUUGAGUCUAUGCUAGAGAUAAUGAGCACGAUUCAAGUGCGACAUCGCAACACAAGGAUGUGGGACUGGAUAGCUGUUUUGCAGUGGCUUUGCAACCACCCUUCCUGUUGUAUCACCAAAUUGAAGCAGCGACAACAAAAGGCAAUUGAAUCUGCAAAGAAUGACGAUGUUGCAGCUGAGUCUGAUGGUCCGGGUGACAACGCUGUAAGUCCAGGCGAAGCUUUACCGGAUGAUGUAAUCAUCGAUCCAAAUGGACCAUUGAAUGCUGCCAUCGAGAAGGUCGUUCAGGUGUUUGGAGCUGUUGAUGCUGCCGGAAAGCUCGAUGAUACCAACCUCUCAUACCGCACUUUAAUCGUCGAAAAUAUCAUCAAAGAAGCGGCGUCAAUUGGGGACAAGACUUUGAUCUUCUCACACAGCCUUCCUACAUUGAACUUCUUGCAAAAAAUGCUGGAGCGGAUGGGACAUCGGUAUUGCCGCCUGGAUGGUCAGACCGCGGUUAGUAAACGGCAGGCCAUGACCAAGGUAUUCAACCAGAAAGAUUCCUUCGAAGUCUUCCUGAUCUCAAUGAAGGCUGGAGGAUUGGGUAUGAAUCUCCAAGGCGCAAAUCGUGUCAUUAUCUUCGACUUCAGUUUCAAUCCUUCUUGGGAAGAACAAGCAGUGGGAAGAGCGUACCGCUUGGGCCAAAAACGUCCUGUGUACGUAUAUCGUUUCCGAGCUGGAGGCACAUUUGAGGACAAUAUGUUCAACAAAACAGUGUUCAAAACCCAACUCUUCAACCGUGUGGUUGACCAGAAGAACCCCUUGAGCCAUGCAUCGAAGAACAUUCGCGACUGGCUUUGCCCUGUCAAAGACAUAGAGCUAGAAGAGUUCGCUGAACACUUGGGGAAGGAUGAGAAUGUCCUGGACAAAAUCAUCAAGCGAGUCGAUUAUAUUCGAAACAUUCAAUUGACCGAGACGUUCCAGCGAGAGGAUGAAGAUACAUUGAACGAAGCAGAAACCCGUGAAGCAGAGGAAGAGUACAACAAUGAUCAUCUAUUGCGAUCGGACCCGGAAGCGUACUACAAAAAGCUAAGGAGUGAACGUGGUCCUCCCGCCUCGACCCAGCACCAGAACUUCCAUUCUCGCAAUGUCCUGGGUGUCCAUUCGGACCGUGCAGGCCCCAGCAUCGUACCGAAUUCAAGCUUGCCUACUCCUACACUCAUCGACAGAGACUUGAUGGGCCCGCCACCACCAGAGCACAUCCUCCAUCAGUUCAAUCAGUCCACCCAGCAGCACGUCCCUGAUCACCCCUUGUAUACGCCGGACACGUACAAUUAUCGCUUCCAUGCAACCGGCCCUACUCAAACAUUUGAUGAGACUGCAUCAAGACAGCCCCGGCCACAGGUUGAAGGAAGACAUCGGAGCCAGAGCGCAUGACCUAAACAGUGAAAGACAGGCUUGGUGACUGCAUUGAAGGAGAAAAUGAGGAUCGGCGCUCGACGGGCCAGAGGAUGGAUGGUGCUAUUCAAAGACAUGAUUUCCAAUGGUGGAGAGCGCGAUAGGUGCCGACGAAAAUGCACGAUGGACAGCCAAAUGAGCGACGAGGAAUUUCCCUGGCCAGCGAAUGAGCGAUUUAGUUUUGCUUGAAACGACGAGUACUUGCUAGAGAUACCCAAUUGCAAAGAGAUUUUCAUAAGAUUGAUUGACAU